AUGACAAUUGAACCAAGACCUGAACCUACCAAGUCUCAAGGACGCGGAAGAUCAAACAGUUUGCCUUCUAGUGUCGUCGACUACUUGAAGGCUUGGUUAAUGAGUCCUGAACACAUCAACCACCCUUACCCAACAGAACAAGAAAAGGCGCAAAUGGUUGCUGACACUGGAAUUGAACUAAAACGACUUAACAACUGGUUUGUCAACAACCGAAUCAGAUACUGGAAGCCUCGCAUGGAGGCAUUGCAGCGACAGAAGCGAGACGGAGGAAAAGCAGGAAAUCCUGUAACCAAUGCUAAAAAUGCUCCUACCACCAAUAAGACAUCGAAUCUCCACCAUGUCUCUUCCAGCAACUCCAUUACCGACCUCCAACUUGAAGCACAAACAUUGCCACCCCCUGAAGCACAAGUUCCAUCUUCUGCCUCCUCCUUUGUUGGCAUUGUGAGCGAUGCCUCGACUUCAAGCACUGAGGGCAGCGAAGAUGGAACAUUAAGUGACGUUUUGUCAGCCAUCAAGACUAUCCAAGUGCGCCAAACCAAAAAUCCCCCCAAGCAUAAGUCAAGAAAUCCACUCAAGAGAAAGCGAGAAGAAUAUGCUGUUGUGGAAAGUUCACCAAGGUCCAAAUACAGCAACAAGAACAUCAGGCUCUGGCGCAAUGUUUGCGAGAGCUCUUCGCACCAUGAAGCACUGCCUUCCUUGGACGAAGCCGCGUGUUUGUUUGGCUUUUCCAUUGAUCAGUAA